UCAGAACUGAGCAUGCCCUUUCCUCUCCUCUACACAGUCACCAUGGCAGUCGAGAGGAUCCAUGCCCGAGAGAUCCUGGAUUCUCGUGGGAACCCCACUGUGGAGGUGGACCUAUACACACACAAAGGCAUGUUUCGAGCAGCGGUCCCCAGCGGAGCAUCCACUGGUAUCUAUGAAGCAUUGGAGCUACGAGAUAAUGACAAGUCACGUUUCCUUGGAAAAGGGGUCCUGCAGGCCGUGGAUCAUAUCAACAGCACUGUCGCCCCAGCUAUCGUGGGCUCUGGCCUCUCUGUUGUAGAUCAAGAGAAGAUAGACAAUCUGAUGCUUGAGAUGGACGGCACAGAGAACAAAUCCAAGUUUGGUGCCAAUGCCAUCCUGGGAGUUUCACUGGCUGUGUGCAAGGCAGGAGCUGCAGAGAAGGAUGUCCCCCUGUACCGGCACAUUGCUGACCUGGCAGGCAACUCCGAUCUCAUCCUUCCUGUGCCAGCUUUCAAUGUGAUCAAUGGAGGCUCCCAUGCAGGCAACAAAUUGGCAAUGCAGGAGUUCAUGAUCCUACCCGUGGGAGCUGAAAGCUUCCGCGAUGCCAUGCGCAUUGGGGCUGAAGUCUAUCACAAUCUCAAGAGCGUCAUCAAGGAGAAGUAUGGCAAGGAUGCUACUAAUGUGGGUGAUGAGGGAGGAUUUGCCCCUAACAUCCUGGAAAACAGUGAAGCUCUGGAGCUCCUCAAGGAAGCUAUUGACAAGGCUGGCUACACAGACAAGAUUGUCAUUGGUAUGGAUGUGGCAGCCUCUGAGUUCUAUCGAGAUGGCAAAUAUGACCUUGACUUCAAGUCCCCAGAUGACCCAAGCCGCUACAUUUCGGCAGAUGAGCUGGGUGACCUCUAUCAAAGCUUUGUACGUGAUUAUCCAGUGGUUUCCAUUGAGGAUCCCUUUGACCAAGAUGACUGGGAGGCCUGGUCUAAGUUCACAGCCAAUGUUGGGAUUCAGAUAGUGGGAGAUGACCUGACAGUGACAAACCCCAAGCGCAUUGAGCGAGCUGUUGAAGAGAAGGCCUGCAACUGCCUCCUGCUCAAAGUCAACCAGAUUGGAUCUGUCACGGAGGCCAUCCAAGCCUGUAAGUUGGCCCAGGAGAAUGGCUGGGGUGUGAUGGUGAGUCACCGAUCUGGGGAGACCGAAGACACUUUCAUUGCUGAUCUGGUCGUAGGACUGUGCACUGGGCAGAUAAAGACGGGUGCCCCCUGCAGGUCUGAACGCCUGGCUAAAUACAACCAGCUCAUGAGGAUUGAGGAAGAGCUUGGCGAUGAAGCACGCUUUGCUGGACACAACUUUCGCAACCCAAGUGUUCUUUGAACGUUGUCCCUCAGGCAUAUACACCCUUCAGCUUUUUCCCACAUCACAGACUCUGAACCCUCUUUCUCUUCACUACUCCCUUUUUUGCUCUUUCUCCCUUCUCUGCCACCUGGUUUCCUCUCACCUCAAAGCCCCACAAGUUCAGGUAUCCCUGGCUAGAUAUACCCAGAUGAAGGAUAAAAAAGAGGUCUGCACCCUGUCCCUUGCUUUGGGAUCAUAAGCAUUUCUGAAUCUAGGCAUUUUGUGUCUUUUGUUCUUGUGUGCAUCUGAAUCACUCUGUUCAUAUUAGACUAUGGGAGCAUGCUGCCCAGCGUGUUUACGUUGUACGCCGAAGCAUGUGCAGUGAACAUAUGUGCGUCGGCUGGUGUGUUUGGACAAGCGUCGCACUUGUAGCUGUGUUUGAACGAGUGUCACCAGUGGCUCGCUCUCGUUGUGCGUGUGUGUAGGUGUAUGUGUACUGGCCUACAGCAUUGUUGUGCCCCAGGUGCAUUUGCGCUGAGCCGUGGUGGAACCUAAGCGUUCCUUCCUUCCGAUCUGAGCACUGUUCCAUGCUGAGCUGUGCUUGUCAGAAGCUUAGUGUUGAGUGAACAAUUGCUUGUCACUGGCCGUGUGUACGUGUGCUGUCAGUCUCCAGGUUAAGCAGCUCUAUGGGAUCUUGUGGGUCAGCACAUAGUACUGUGGGGCAAUAUAUUAAAACACAGUCAUAAAAAAAGACAUGCUCUCAUUUGCUUAUCUUGACCUUCUUCUCUGUUUCCAUCCCUCUUGCACUCCUUCACUCUCUCUUCUGCCCAUAAUGUCUGCUUCACCUUCUAGACAGUCAAUGCUCAGCGGAGCAACAAACUACAGAACCCUAAACUUAAUUAAAAUGUGUUUCACACCUGAGACCCUUGA